AUGCAGACCGCAUUUCUAUUUCUCUGGGCUGCCACUCUCUCGAGUGCCAAACUCUUCGUGAAUUAUGACGAGAAACUUGAAGACCGUCCCAGAGUAUAUACGGUGGUGAAAGAAGAAAUUGGUCGACUAGACAUUCCAUCAAAAUCUAGUCAUAAGAACAAUGAUGGCAAAGUGCCACUUGGCAUUGAAUUGAAGCCUCGCGAAGCUCUCGACAUAUUGCUAGGCAAGCGCCAAUCUUGUCCCCAGGGCUACGGAUAUUGUCCUAGUGCUGGGGGGUGCUGCGUCUCGAAUAGCCUUUGCUGCUCUUACGGAUAUUGCCAUACCCAAGGAUCUGCGUGUUGCCCGACCGGCCCUUGUGCUCAAGGCCAAACAUGUUGCGGCACAAGCCACUGCAUGCCCAAAGGAGAUCAAUGCUGCAAAGACGAAUCUCAUUGUCCUGCAGGCAAUAAUUGUUACCUUUCUGGAUUAUUAAAUCGCAUUAUUUGUUGCACCGACGCAAAAUGCACGGCACACGUCGACGAUGGAAAGACUACUUAUGCUCCGACGACUACAACAACGCACACGUAUACUACUACAUAUUAUCAAACCUACUACUGGACGGUAACUUGGUACUAUUGGUACUAUUACUGGACGUACUCGAUCGAUAUUCAGGCAUCUGUCGUGACCUCCACACGUUCAACCACUCAGACUGUUUUCAGUGUAAAGACAACAGAUGCAGGCGCCGCUUCUGAGUACUUCAGCGAAAAGUCUAAAACGCUGUCUCUUCCUACACCCGCUGCUGCCACUUCUCUUGAGUCUUUGGCCGGGAGCACAUCGUUUGUAUCCACGCCAUCGUCGGAGCGUCCGAGCCCCAGCCCAAGCUCAAACCAGAGUCCAGCGAGCGAACCAAGAAUAACUGAAAUACCCAGUGCUCCCACCCCCAGCUCAGGCGGGCCCGACGAUAGCGAAAGCAGCUCAAGCGAGAGUCGUAGCAGCUCGACCACUACUCUUCUUCGAAGUGGCGGUGAUGAUGGUAGCCCUCCAAAAAAUGGAGACAACGGCUCUUCUGGUGCAAAGCCAUUAUGGGCUGGCUCAGACUGGAAGAGUCUUUGGGUUCUUGCGCUUGGUGUUGGAACUGGGGUACUAGCUGCAGUUCUCUAA